AGGCGUAUUCGAUUUUACUGAAUCAGAUGAUGAAAGUGAAGAUGUAGAUCAAUUGAUGCCAUCUUCCAAAUCAUCAUCUAAAAAGAAAUCAUCAGUAAAUAAUCAAAAAUCAACAACUAAAAAAUCUUCUAAAAAAUCUUCCACAGAAACUAAAAAAAUUAAAAGCCCAUGGCAACCAGAUGAAGAUAAAAUUUUGAUCGAUAAAAUUUUAGGUGAGAUGCCAAGCCCUUCCUGGUCAAAAAUUUCCCAGUCGUUAAAAGAUAGAAAUGCUAAUGCUUGUUUGGUACGUUGGAAAACUUUAAAAAAAAGAUUGUAUCAAAAUUAAAAAUUGGUGGUCAUAGAGGUUCUUUAUCUAUUAGAGGUUAUUUUGGUAGAUAUUUUAUUAGACUUGAGAUUAUUGUAAAAAUUUAUUCAGAGUAGAGUUUAUUCAUUAUGUCUAUGUUAUGUAUAUGGUACAAUAUUUUACACAGUUAGC